CACUUCCUAGAUACGUGACACGUAGAAACAGCAUUGUGGUCAGACUAUCAUAGUAGAAGUGUGCUUUUAAACGACGGCUUUCCGACUUGUUUUAUGAGUGCAUACAUGUUAUUCUACCCCUACUCGCACACAGGCAUGUUUAGUGGGAGUAUAAUGAAGCCACAGUGGCGCGCGUUGCUUGUUUAGCCUCAUAGCUAAGCUAAGCUACCUAGCCAACAUUAGGACUAGCGAACACGGACGCGUUUUUGUUUAUGUUUACUUUUUUCAAGAUGUACACUUUAUUAUCUGGAUUAUAUAAGUACAUGUUCCAGAAGGAUGAAUACUGCGUUUUGAUCCUGGGACUGGAUAACGCCGGAAAAACGACUUUCCUGGAACAGACCAAAACAAAGUUUAGUAAGAAUUACAAGGGGAUGACUUUAUCCAAGAUCACCACUACAGUUGGCCUGAACAUUGGCACAAUUGAUGUUGGCAAGGCUCGUCUAAUGUUCUGGGAUUUGGGAGGUCAGGAGGAGCUGCAGUCUCUGUGGGAUAAAGUGAGUUAAAAAAAAGGAAUUUUUCACAUCCUCUACACUAACAUAGAUAGUAUUUCUAUUUUGAAGAUGUAAUAUUUUCACUGUGUUUAGCAUACAUAGACUGCACCUGGACAGGCCACACAGAUAUAUUUGGCAACACCUUUUACCACCUGCAGAGGGCAGAAGUUUUUGUCAACGUUUUCCAAGUUGUUCAAGGGAUUUUCAACAUAGCCUUUUUACACAUGCUAAUACUUUCGAAAGCAUAUUGUUUUUCUGUUUACACACAAUAACAGAAUAACAGAUUUCUUAGAAAAAUAUUACCAGGUUUGAUAUUAUUAGCACCCUAAAAUCUGACUUUUUGGUUGAGCCAAAACACGAAUCACUAGUGUCCAAUGUUGUGUUUUAACUUUGUUAUCUUUAAAGUUUGUAAAAUCCAGCUAAAACAGAGGGUUAUGUUCUAAUUUAUUCUGAGUAUUAAAAUAUCAGGCAAGGGUUGGAGCUGUCACUUGAGAAAGCAUCAUGCCAGAAACAAAAGAAAUCAGUUUAGACUUGAGAAGAAAAGUUGUUGUGCUCACAAAGCAGGAGAUGGGUAUACACAAUGACCAUAGCAUAUCCACGUUUCAAGAACUGGAGCCAGAAGUAUCACAGAAAAAUUCAAAGAGAGCUUAACAGUACAGAACAAGCCUUGCAGAAGUAGGAAGCAAAAGAUUUCAAACUCUGGAAAGAAAAUGAAUGAGAGAUGUGCCAAAGACCCUUGAACAACUGUUAAGACACUAAAUGACUUAGCAAAGUCACGAAUUGCAGUCUCAAAUAAGACAAUCACUGAGACCCUGCGCAGGAAUGGAGUGUGAAGUGUGAAGUGGAAGCAGACAAAAACAACAAGCACG